AUGUACAUGGAUGCCUUGAAGACGUACCGUCGAGCGCGUGAUAUUGAGAAGGCUCUCCAAGAGUUACCACCUACGCUGGAUGCCACAUAUGAGCGUAUUUUACAGUCGAUCGACCAGUACGAUCGUGCCGAUGCCUUGUCAAUUCUUCACUGGCUCGCAUUCGCGAAAGAGCCGAUGACACUCGAAGAACUUGCAGAAGCAGCUGUCGCUAGGCCUACUCAAUCUUUCCAAGCCGAGGACCGAUUACUUCAGAUCAGCGAUGUCCUCAGGAUGUGCCACAGUCUAGUCGACAUCCAGGAUGGCCCUACUCGGCCGGAGAAAAAUGACUUUGUGCGAUUGACACAUUAUUCGGUCAAAGAGUACCUGACCUCAACUCGUUCCGCAGAAUUUUACAUCUCGGAGACCGCUGCUCACCGUUACAUUGGGGCCUCGUGUAUAUCCUACAUCGUUUUUGCAGGCGAGUUCGGUGAAGAAAGCGCAAGGUAUCCAUUAUUCCCAUAUGCUGCAACCUAUUGGUACGAGCAUCUCCAGGUCGCUUCCGCUCUCGACCCGGACAAUCCCAACUUGCAGUGUGACAGGCUUAAGCCAAAUAAUCUCGCAAGGAACUCGGAAAUCAGGGCGCCGGCGCAUGACUCGCCACUAAAGCAAUCCGGUGUGCAUAUGAAAGAUCCAUUCCUAGGUCAGCUUUCCGUAACAGCACACCUUGGUCUGAGACUAGAGACAUGGAUUUCAAAGCCCAGAUCCGAUCGCCAUAUUGAGAUACGAGGACGAGGACGAGGAACAGCUUUGCCAAUUCAAUGGAUUCCUUUCUGUACAGCUCUCGAAGCAGCGGCUUGCGCAAGCCAUCUUCACCUGGUCAAUUCGUUCCUCAACUGCAGUGCAGAUUGCGACUCACCGAAUGGCAACGACAACAUGUUGCAACACACAGCACAAAGACAUGGAGUGAAUGCCUGUAGUGAGCAGUCGGAAAUAACUCCGUUGCAGCUCGAACACGGCACGCACACGAUGCCAACUAAUCUAUCAAUCAUCGCCGCUCAAGCUAGUUACCUGGAGAUCAUGAAAGAUCUGCGGCAACAUGCCUGGCGUAUUGAUUUCGACGAUGCGCUGAAGUUUGCAAUUGAGCAUGGUCAUGAACUUGUUGUCUUAUUUUUGCUCCAGGUUGGUCCGUGCUACUGGAACUCAGCAGACGCACAUCUCCCCAUAGAACCAGGCGACAUAGGUACACGAAUUCUCGACGAAUGCAUGUCUAUUGCAGCAGGACACAACCGCCAAAGCAUCGUGCAGCUUUUGAGAAGUUGCUAUGGCGAUUGGACACAACUGAAAGGCUUAGGCUAUGCAUUGAUGGCCGCGUCAGCGAGUGGACACACUGAGCUUGUCCGCUGGCUUCUAUCUCAGGCCCAAGAAGGGCCUUAUACUAUCUCCAUACCAGCCGAAGUUAUGAACCGGUCCUUGUACAAUGCUGUUGAAGGACAACAUGCGGAUAUUGAGGCCCUUCUCAUCCAAGCAGGGGCCGAUGUGAACCACAUCAUCUCGAGCCCAGAUCCAGGAUCCGUUCCAGAUCACGACACGCUAUUGAAAGCUUGCCUCGAAGCACCUUGGAUGGAUUCUGCAAUUGUGGCGCUACUUCUGGACGCAGGGGCCCAGCUUCACAUCGAUGAUCCAGAUUAUCAAGAGGCUUUCAUUCGACAAUGUAGAUGGGGACAUGCAAACGUCGUGAACAUCCUGCGCGAGCACGGUAUGGACAUUGAUAGGCAGAUUGAGGUGUCCAACGUCCCACUAGCAGACACAGCGGUGUCUAAGAAUCCGGAUCACAGAAGGCCUGCAAGAUUGAAGGCCAUUGAAGUUCGUCUUCCGAGGAAUGCGGGCUCCACUUAUCUCCCAGCGUAUUUUAGACACGCAUGGUAA